CAACAGGGGCUAUAUUUUCUGUCCCGUUUGUUACUCUGUCCCGUCUGAGUUUGCAACACUAAAGCCAGAGAGAGAGAGAAGAUGAGCAGAAAACAGUGAGGGUUGUGGAUGUGUAAAAGCAGUGUGCGUGGAGUGUCCAAGUGCGUAAUCUUCCCCAGCCAUCAUUUCCCGCCUGACGCUCGCAACAUAAGCGCGUGAGGGAAUGCGCGUGAGUAAUAAUCGUGGACGUUUCGCUGCUCUCGCGGAAUAAUAUUGGUGUCGUUCGACUGACUGAAACGUCGAGGAAACAGUGAAAUAUUACUCAAAAACUGUUUGCUUUCCUUAUCUCCGCCAUCAAGCGGAGAGUCUCGUGGUUAUUUUGGAUAUAGGGCGGUUGAAAAUAAAACAUUAGGAGCAACGGACACUUGGCUAUUCAAAGUUUAUUGAGGACGCUUUUUUUGGUGCUGAGGCGAUUGUCAUGUCACUCGCAAAAGAAAAGACGACGGAGGAGAAAUUUUGGGAUUUGUGAGUUUGGGACACACAAAGAGAUUGAAUUCGUGCACCUUUGUGCUCCCUGAAAACGCUCUUUGGAUAAUAAUCUGUCGUUUUUGCCCUUCAAAGUUUUCCUCAGAAAAUACCGCUUCGGUGACGUCUCGCGCGUAAGGGAUGUGGCACGCGACUUGAGGAAAGAUUGAUAGACGGGUUUCCAGUCGCUGUGUUUAGUCAGCCCGUUUAGUUCGGGUGGAGGUGGGGGGAUUUCGUUUUUUCCCAACUCAUCACAUUAAGAUUAACACGGGCGUCUUUAAGAGGACGCUGUAUGGUCAUUCAUGAACUUGUUGAACACCCAGCCCUCUGCGGGACCCUUCACAUCGCGAGUAAAUCUCAAUAACAGUGUGGAUGCCAGACUGCAACGGAGGAUGAUUGACAGAAGGCAAAGCUGAGACAGCUGUCGGUCAACAUCUCCAGUUUAACCAAUUCGCUGUCUCCGCUUCUCAUUGCUGCAUUCCUGCUCCUAUCCAACGGACACAACAAAGACCAGAGUUGGGAAUAGGAGCAUUUCGGCUUGCUCUCAGCCCGCCGACCUUAAAGUCAGGAACCUGGUAUGCUGACACACCCCCUCUGGCCUACGCAACAAAAAUUGGAUUAUUUCGUAAAACAGGCCAGUUUCUUUCGCUAUCGCUGGUGUCUUUGAGAAGAAGGGAGUGGACGGAUACUUUACAUCACAGUAAAUAGUCUUUUAGGGGCGGCCAGAGUAAAGUAAGCAGCAAUGUAUUUCCCGCUGCUGUUGACACUGCAGGCAUCAUGGCUGGCCGUGUGUCAGGCCACACAACACUAUCCCACAACCUGGGGACACUACGACUUGUGCAAAUCACAUGGGUACACAGACGAUGGCCCGACUUGGUAUUACAUGGCCUGUCAGCCCGAAGCAGCGGACAUGACCAAGUACCUAAAAGUAACCCUCGAUCCUCCCAACAUCACCUGCGGAGAUCCACCAGAGACCUACUGCGCCCUGGAAAACCCCUACAUGUGCAACAACGAAUGUGACGCUGCUACAGAAGAACUAGCUCACCCUCCUGAACUCAUGUUCGACUUCGAAGGUCGCAACCCGACUACCUUCUGGCAAUCCACCUCUUGGAGAAAAUACCCCAAAGCUUUGGCAGUCAACAUUACACUGUCCUGGAACAAGACCAUUGAGCUGACCGAUGACAUUGUGAUCACAUUUGAGUCCGGUCGGCCGGAGCAGAUGGUUUUGGAGAAGUCUUUGGACUAUGGACGUACCUGGCAGCCCUACCAGUUUUAUGCUACCGACUGCCUUGACGCUUUUACUAUGGAGCCCAAGACAAUGAGGGACAUUACCCAACACACACUGCUAGACAUUAUCUGCACCGAGGAAUAUUCCAGAGGCUAUGUGUGGAAGAACGACAAGGCCGUACGAUUUGAAAUCAAAGAUCGUUUUGCGCUGUUUGCAGGGCCCAAGCUGCACAAUAUGGCAUCGCUGUAUGGACAACUGGACACUACGAAGAACCUGAGAGAUUUUUUCACCAUUACUGACCUGCGCAUACGUCUCCUCAGACCUGCCACAGGCGCCACCAUGGUGGACGAAAACAACCUUUCGAGAUACUUCUACGCCAUCUCUGACAUUAAAGUACAUGGCAGGUGCAAGUGCAACCUUCACGCCAACAGCUGUGUCUUUGACAAAGAGAAACUGACUUGCGAGUGCGAGCACAACACCACGGGGCCCGACUGCGGCCGCUGUAAGAGGAAUUAUCAGGCCAGGGCUUGGAGCGCUGGAUCCUAUCUUCCUAUCCCCAAGGGCACAGCAAAUAUCUGUCUGCAAAAUAGCGUUGGUCCAGUUAACUGCGAAUGCUUCAGUCACUCCAAUCGCUGCAGUUACAUCGAGGUGCUAAACACCGUCAUUUGCGUGAGCUGUAAGCACAACACUAGGGGGCAGCACUGUCAGCUGUGCAAGCUUGGAUACUACCGCAAUGCCUCAGCAAAGCUGGACGAUGAGAAUGUUUGCAUAGAGUGUAAGUGUAAUACCUAUGGCUCAGAAUCUAAUCGCUGUAAUGGCACAGGAUAUUGUAAAUGUAAGGAAGGAGCAACAGGGGCUCACUGCCACGAAUGUCUGCCGGGAUAUUUGUGGGACGAUGGCUGCAAAUCCCGGGUGUGUGACAACGAGCUCCUGCGUUGCCAAAACGGCGGCACGUGCGUGAACAACGUCCGUUGUAACUGUCCACAGGAUUACACCGGCCUGCUGUGCGAGAAACGCCGCUGCGAGAACGAGCCGGGCGGCUGCGGAGGGCCGGACUCGGGCCAGGCUUCCCUCCGGGCCCCUGCGUUGAUACUGCUUUUGCUGCUGUCCGCAAUGGGUCCCAAACUCCUCGUGGAGAUCUGCUGGAUCCUUUGAAAGAUCAGCUUCUUCUGUAUAAGCAGAGCACCAGACCCACCGACACUCGGCAAGCCAAGUGGAAUGUGCCCAAAUAUCAAAGCGAAAUUUGAGAGGAUGACAGGCGAAAUACAAUAAAUAAAUACAUCAAUAAAAUAUAGUAUUUAUAAAAAAUGGAUUAAAUAUAAAAAUCUAAAAGGUUAAAGUGUUAUUUAUAGAAUUUAUCUGAGCAUAUGCUUCAUAAAGCAAAUAAAAGGAAGUAGAGACACGAACUAAGCCAUAGUAGAUACUCACUCCCCCAACAGAAAGAGAGCUACGGGGAUGGGAGCGGACAGACUCAUCCCUUUAUCACCACGGCAACGGGAGCUACGUCCAGCCAGCGGCAUUUGUACGAGUCUGCCGUCGCCCCUCACCUGAGCCGUUCUGGGUAUCAUGUUGGCUAGACUGCUUUCGGCUGUUUCGACACAGAGCGAUGAAAAACUUGGAUUGUGUGAGCUGGCAAAAUAUCCUAAAAAUAAAGCGAGGAGUAAUAAUAAUCAGAAGGACUCUUGAAGCGAAACCUAAGCAUUCUUUGCUGUCAGUGCAUUGUGGAUAUAAGGAAAUUGAUUCAUUCGGUCCGCUUUCAAACUGAGCUUGUCCCGCCGACGUCCCUGAAAAACUUUAGAGUGUCCUUUGUGUCAAAACCCCGCCCCCCUCGACCCUGUGCUUAUGUGAAUGUAUACUGUAAACCUUACUGGUUGAAUGAUAUUUAUUUUUAAUUUUGGGUUGGUCUGUGUGAUGUUAGUCACACUCAUGUGCACAUCCCCACCCCUUCACCCUCCCAAAUAUGAUUCUAACUUACUUAAGAAACCCAUCAUGUUGAAACGUGAUAGACUGUUUGCUAAGGCCACGGUCAAAGAUGUAUGUUUUCACUCAAACAGAUGAAGUGCUUAGACAGUCAUCGGUGUAUUUAAUUUUUGUAUUAAUACAGAAUUAUUUUCUUGACAGAGUACAAAUAAUGUAGAACAUAUAAUUUUUUGUAUUAUUGCUGAAAUGUGUUUAAGGGCAACAUUUUAAUGUGUUCAAUCAAGGUGCGAAACGGAAUCAAAUUUGGUUAUGUUGAUCUGAGGUUUAAUUCAUUUUUUGUUCCCUUUAAGUUUUCCUAAAGUAUAUUGGCAACGUGCUGGCAUCAAAGAAUAUGAGUUUACGUACAGUAUAUAUACUGUAAUAUAAACAGCAUAUAUGCGGUAUAUAAGUGUAAAAAAAAAGAAAUCACACCAAAGGACAUUCUAAAUGUUUCUUGUUGCUUUAACACAGAAGAAUUUAAGUGAAUAAAACUUUAAAAGGAC